AAAAAAAAAAAAAAAUGUCUACUAUAACAACCGAUCCAACAAAAUACUUAUGUCAUUCUAAUUUGCAAGACAAUUCACAAAUCGAUGAACAACAAUAUAUUAAUUCAACUGAACAACAAAUAUUUUCAUUACCGAUCGUAAAAGAAUUAAAAAAUGAUUCAUCAUACAGAGAAUCAAGAGGGUAUGAACAUAUUAAAGAAGAACAAUUAAAUCAUCAUUUUACUGCUGGAACUUUAAACGGAAAAGGAAAAGUCACUGUUAAACCUUUAAUUUUCUUUUCUGAAGAAAAGAAAGAAAGUGUUACUAUUCUGCAUAUUGGAGACCAUAUGUGUGGGCAUAUUGGAAUUGUUCAUGGUGGAUUUUUAUCAACUAUAAUGGAUGAAUUACUUGCAAGAACUGUUAUUCCUUUUUUGCCAGACAAAAAUGGUGCUACCGCUUAUUUACAUGUAAAUUUUCGUAAGCCAUGUAAGCCGGAUCAAAUCGUAAUUGGACGUAGUAAAACUACAAAAUUAGAAAUAAAAAAAGGAUACGUUGAAGGAACUUUAGAAAAUUUAGAAGGCGUGGUAGUUGUGGAUGCUAAUGCUUUAUUUAUAAGUGUAAAGAAAUUGGAAUAAUUUAGUAAUUUAUAUAAUAAUUAAGGGACCAACUUAUCCACUGUUACAUAAUUACAUAAUUUCCAACCAUCAUAAUCUGCUAUACUUUUCUCAAAUAGUUGACUAAAAUAGAAUAUUAUUUACUAAAUUAUACAUAUAGAGAAAUAUACACAUGUAUUGUAACUAUUUAUGGUUUCUUUUUUAACAUUAUGUAUACUC